GGGAACGUAGGGAAAUGUAGGGGAAAAUUACACAUUGACUUGUAGGGAAAAGUAGGGGAUUUUAGUACUAGCCUUAGGUGAAAAUAGGCUAUUGAGAGUGGCAGCUCUGGGCGAGAUAUUCUUUAAUGAAAUAUACAAGUCUUCGAAACAAAUGAAUAGCCAAAAGACUUCUCAAUCGAUAUUAUUUAUGUGUAGAGCGAAGUUUGACACGAAUCAGCUAAAAUCUAUGAAGAUCCCGGCUAUGUUUUCUAAGAUAUACCGAUAUUUCUGGAGAUUUUCAACUACAGGCAAAGCUCUGCAUCCAAGCUGCAUCUAGGCGUCUCCAUGCAAGUGGUGAUUCACACGAAAUUUCCUUUCUCUCGUCUUGAACAAUAUGGCUAUUGUUAUAAUUAAUAUUUAGUUUAAAUAUGCUCUUAUAGAUCUGACUUAGUUCAAUAUAUUAAAUAAACACAAAUAUAAAACCUCGCGUAACCUGUUUACGCUGUACAGGAAUAUACGGUUCGCUUGUUUCGCCGGACACCAACACUUGCCGUUCAGGAGCAAUGCUUGCCUACAAAUUUUAUCCCCUUCACAAUUUUUGUUUUAUUUUGUCGUAUAGUCGCAAUUUUCAAGUAUUCGGCGUAUUCUGAAACUGAAAAACUGGGUGGCGUGCGAAUCUUGUAGACUACAUCGGCCUAGGCGUAGAGCUAUUAAGUAAACAGGGCCUAAAUUAAUUUAGUAGUUUCAUUUAAUUGUUUGUCUUGCUUUUAUUUGUCAGUACAGAAUAUUGUAAAUUAAAAUAUUACUACAAUGCAAUACGCGUAGUAUUUCAUCAGACAUCUGCACUAAUAAAUACUGUACAAGGAAAACUUAAAUAAUAGUAGACAUUUCUUGUUUUGUCAGGAAACAUCACAGCUCACUUCGACACGGCUUUUGAGUUUUGUAACCGGCCGAGGCGAAAGUAAAUCGUGCAGUCGGGAAAACGUCUUACUUUCAAAGAUUAUUUUGCAAAUCAUACUCGUACACACAAGAAUCAUAAAAAUACAAAUGUUGAAUUGUAUUGUAAUUUGUUAUUGUCAACCGUCAAGUUCAGUUAUUUUUAGACAAUAUGGUGUUAGCCAAUCAGAAUGCAAAAGUGACCGGCCCGGACCAGGGCUUCCUCGUGUCUCGCCUCGUCCUCACACUGAAGCCCUGGGAACGAGGUUGGGCUCACACUAUUCUAAAAUUUGGCCAUUGUCAUGUCGAUCUUGCGGUUCGUGUCCUUCCGACUUGACUCGAACACGCAAUCUUCUGCUUAAAAUAAUGUAAAGUGUACAGAUGCACCCACAAAAUCAAAAAAUGGAAUGUAUACAGCGAAUUUACCUUACCUUCGACGGGACUCGAAUACGCAAUCUUCGGUUUAAAAAGCCGACAUUCCCCUUAUCAGUUAGCCACGAAAUCUUGGGGAUUCUAUUAUGGCAAAAGUCCAAAACAUUAUACGAAUUUAUUAUUGGCGAACCUUUUCUCGUGUUACUUUAUAAAAUUAACCGCCUCGGUACCCAGGCGUUUAAAUAAUUAUAAUACUUGUAGUAUUUAGGCAGGCAGGCAACUUGCGAAGGAGAGCGCCUGACAGUGCUUGUAUACUGCCAUGUCAGUUCUUGCGUACUCCCAUGCACCUCCGACUGGACUCGAACCCGCAAUCUUCGGCUUAGGAGGCCGACGCCUUAUCCAUUAGGCCACGAAGGCUUACAUUGAUGGUUUAGGUAGAUUUUCUGAUUUACGAUGCGUUAUUGUAGGAAGCCCUCACCAGCAUGGUUCAGCAUGAGCUCCACCUUUGAAUUUACUAAAUGAGUAAAUUGUUAAACACGUCCGAUUUGAUCAUUAUGAUAAAUUCGCGGCACCCAACCCCUAACACUAACCGAAACCCCAACCCGAACCGUAACCGUAAUACUGGACUAUAGAAAGUUCUGCAAAAUUUCUAGAGGGGCUGAGAAUCGAACUUGUACCCUUCCCUGCUUUCUUUUUGUGGCUUUAGUUUUUUUUCUUCCUUUUUGGCGUCCUUUUUCGCGAAAAAAUGUUAUUAUAGUGAAUUUGUAUCCUUGACACCCAUUUCAAAAGGUUACGCCAUUGUUCAAUCUAUGUGCGCGUCAUUCAAAGAAAUAUUAGACCUACAAUGCGUGCUUGGUCACGUGACCGGUGUCAAAUUGAAAACAAAAAUGCCCUUAUAAAUCCGCCAUGUUGAAUUUGAGCAGGAGUGCAAACUACAAGGAUUAAAACAAAGCUAAAACUAAGUUUUCAUCGUCAAAAGUUUUGUCUUGCUAUCUAAUUUGUAGUUUGGGGAUCGAUUUUGAAAUAUUGAGUUAUUUAAUUUAAAGCUCAAAGCAAAUGUGCAGUUUCUGGCAAAAACGGUGAAAAUCGUGCAGCCUUGUAAAAACAAAGUAGUUUCGCGUAAAUAUAAUUUACUCAUAAAACAUUUGCUCUGAACGUAACUGUUUUGCUAAUAUCUUUUGAAUUUACGAAAUGAUAGUUUAUUCUGUGUUGGGUUUCGUUUUUCUUCAAGUCUAAACGAAGUGUUUUCAUGUUUUUCAAACAAAAAAUUUUAGUUUUCGAAAAACUGUAUUAAAUCGCCUAUAUAGUCGUCAAAAACUAUAUGGUUUUAAAAGCGUUCCCUCAAGCCCAAGCAACGUAGAAAAAUAUAAAAAGUAAUUGUGUAAGUUUAAAAAGAUUAUUGAACUCAAUUUAUAUUAUAAAACAGUUUUUUAGAAAUAUUUUUAGAACAUAGGCCCUACCUGUUGAGUUUGUCUUGAUUUUUAGUGUUAUGUUUUGGCUUGCACCACAACGUUGAAAACGUAUUUUUAAACGACGAUUUCUGUAUAUAUUCUGUUCAGAACUAUUGUUUUUCGUAAAAAAAACCACGGGAAUGUUUUUUUUUUCUUUACAUAACAUUUUUUUACACUUUAUGUCUCGAUAUAAUUGUUUUUGCAAAUUUGUUGAAAAAAACAAUUCGCGCUCCCUGCAACCGCGCGAAAUUCCUUGCCGCAGAAGUCUGGGACCAGCUAAAAUGCCCUUAUAAAUCCGCCAUUUUGUGGAGAUAAAAUUUUUACUGAGAAAAGAUAGGAGCACGCAUUCUAGGUCUAUUAUUUCCAUGGUGUGGAAAUGCAAUGGAAUUUACCUCCAACGGGAGGUAACCGCAAUCUUUGGCUUAGACUGCGUUCAGACUGGGUGCCCGUGAAUUGUUUCGGCGCCUAGUUUUUAACACAACGCUUCCAAAAGAAAUUGGGCACAGUACUCAACAACGGCACUGUGCUCGAAAUGUGCUGGCACAUGCACUCUUAGAAAGCCGACGCCUUAUCCUUUAGGCCACGAAAGCUUGCGUUGAAAUCCGUAAUUAUAAUUAUUCUGCCUUAUCAUCCCUAAUACUAGAAAAUAUUCUACUGAUUUACGAUGCAUUAUUUAAAGUCCACUCAAAACACUAUUUAAAAAGUUGCCUAUUAUCAAAUGCAUUUUCUCACGACACGAAUCUAACCCGCACUCUUCCAGGCUCUCUUUUUUUGCUUUAGUUCUUUUUCUUCUUUGGCGUUUAAAAGAUUAAAAGAUUUAUUUAAAGAAUUUAUCUCACGCUAUUAAAAGAUUUUGCCAUUGUCAAAUCUAUUCAUGUGUUGUUAUGUUACCUCCGACGGGACUCGAACCCGCAAUCUUCGGCUUAAGAGGCCGACGCCUUAUUCAUUAGGCCACGAAGGCUUACAAUGACGGCCCAGAUAGAUUCCCCGCCUUAGAAAAAGAAGAUGUUUAGCUAACAAAGCCGUUUAAGCCGGCGCCUUAUCGUGUAGCACAUGAAGCCUUUAGCCUAUACCUUGCGCUAAAACGUUGGAUAGUUGUGCUGCCUUGUAAUCCGUCUUUAUAAUCAUCCAAAAUGAUUGGCAAGGAUUCCAAAAUGUAAGCUUUCAAAAUAUAGGCAGUAUAUAGACCACUUUGGACAGCACAGCUGAUGUGGUUGACGUUAUGCACAUUUCCCUAAGCUUUCUUGGCCUCGUUCUUGUUCUUUAUAUUCUGUUUUCGUGUCCUUAUGCGGCGAAUUUACCUCCGACGGGACUCGAACCCGCAAUCUUCGGCUUAGAAAGCCGACGCCUUAUCUGUUAGGCUACGGAGGCUUACAUUGGAAGCAAGAAUAUUUCUACUACUUUAUAUUGCCUAAAAAUUGUCAUAUUCCAAUGAUAAACUUCCAAAACAUUCUACGAAUACUAUAUAGAGUCGUGUUACUAGGCCUAUAAUAAAUUUAUCUCCUCUAAAUCUAUCGUUUACGUUCGUAUCUAUCGAAUUUGUCUCCUUAUACCCUUGAUGGUUGGGCUGCACCAUUCAAAAAUUUGUCACUUCUAUUUUCGUUCCAUACCUUCGACGGGGACUCGAACCCGCAGUCUUCGGCUUCGAAAGACGACGCCAUAUCCGUUAGGCCACGAAGGCUUACAUUGGAAGUUACAAUAGUUCUACUUCCUUAUAUUUCCCAAUAAUUGCCAGGGAUUCUGCAAUGACGUAAGAAUGUUGUCGAGUUCAUGUUACUAUAUUAAAUUAAUUUAUCCGUGAGUCUAAGGGGAGAAUUCGCCUUGAGAAUGAGUUCAGAAGGCCAUCUUCGGCUUAAAAACCUGGCGCCUUAUCCUCUAGCGCACGAAACCUCUAGCGCACGAAACCUCUAGCUUAAGGCCUGAUUCCACGAGCGCUUUUUGUCAGCGAAAUGUGAAAUAUUUCGCCUGUUUCUUUUGAAUUGUGAGCAAUCAAGUAGAAAUAAUUUAUUCGAGUGGUCGCAAUUCAAAAGAAACAGGCGAAAUAUUUCGCAUUUCGCUGACAAAAAGCGCUCGUGGAUCAGGGCUUUACAAAGCCUUGCGCUAUGAAACGUAGAAUGGUUGUGCUUCCUUGUAAUCCAUAAAAUGUUGGGCUCAACUUCAUAAACUUCAAAAUAUUUUACGAAUUUAUUAUUGGCAAAGCAAUGUUCAUGUUACUAUAAUAAAUUUACAUCCUCAUUUUCAUUUUCAUCACAGUCGUUCACCUAGGCAUGAAUCAGCUUGCCUCCUUACCUCCGACGUUUUGUAACGCAGAAUAAUAGGGGCGGCCAUUUAAAGUGCCUAUAUCAUGGUUUUGGAGUUUGCAUAUCUAGAAAGUUUAGGGUAUUUUAAUUAAGACACUUUGCAAUAUAUUUUGUUGUUGAAAAAUUUCAUCUUGAUGGAUUUAUUAGCUCUUAAAGUUACCGGACAUAACGUCAAAAGGAGAAUUUUGUAGCAAUAAUACAAAGGAAAACUGAUUUGCAAUUCUCCUUUUGACGUCAUGUCAGGUAACUUUAAAAGCUAACAAAUCCAUCAAGAUGAAAUUUUGAAUAACAAAAUAAAUUGCAAAGUGUCUUAAAAUACCCUAAACUUUCGAGAUAUGCAAACUCCAAAACCAUGAUAUAGGCACUUUAAAGUUGUUUGGCUGCUAAUUAAAAAUUUAAAAGUAUAGCGAUUAUACAACGUUGGGCUCACACUAUUCUAAAAUUUGGCCAUUGUCAUGUCGAUCUUGAGCUUCGUGUCCUUCCGACUUGAUUCGAACAUGCAAUCUUCAGCUUAAAAAAAGUAAAGUGUGCAGUUGUGCCCACAAAAUCAAAAAAUGGAAUGUACAACGAAUUUACCUUACCUUCGGCGGGACUCGAAUACGCAAUCUUCGGUUUAGAAAACCGACAUCCCCCUUAUCAGUUAUAGCAACGAAAUUUGGGGAUUCUAUUUAGGAAAAAGUCCAAAACAUUAUACGAAUUUAUUAUUGGCGAGCCUUUUCUCGUGUUACUAUAGAAAAUUAACCGCCUCGGUACCCAGGCGCUUUAAAUAAUUAUAACACAUGCAUGAAGUAUUUAGGCAGGCAGGCAAUCGCGAAGAGGAGCGCCUGGCAGUGCUUGCAUACUGCCAUGCAUGGCAGUUCUUGUGUACUCUCAUGUACCUCCGACGGGACUCGAACCCGCAAUCUUCGGCUUAGGAGGCCGACACCUUAUCCAUUAGGCCACGAAGGCUUACAUUGAUGGUUCAGGUAGAUUUUCUGAUUUACGAUGCAUUAUAAUACGAAGCCUUCCGUAGAAUGGUUCAGCAUGAGCUCCACCUUUGAACUUACUAUAUGAGUAAGUUGUUAAUAAAUACGUCUGAAUUUAUCAGUAUUAUUAUUAUUAUUAUUAUUAUUAUUCAAUAUUAUUAUUAUUAUGAUAAAUUUGCGGCACCUAACCCCUAACACUAACCCUAACCCGAACCCGAAUCUCUAACCCCUAUAAACCCUAAUCUAACUUUCUAAAACUUUUUUGAAAAUCUAACUUUUUAAACAUUUUUUUUCUUUUUAAACUUUUUUUUUGCUUUUUUAACUUUUUAAAUUAAACUUUUUUUUAAGAAUCUUGAAAAGCUCCUGUUAUUGUCAUUUUCCACUUCAAUUGUAUCGUACCGAAACGUAGCGUAUUUCUUUGUUUCCUGACCCGUAGUGUGGAACUAAUGACUUCGACACAAAAGAAAAUGCCACGGUACGUUAUGAUACGGUUGAAGUGGAAAACAGGCUUUCGCCUCAGAGAGCACACUUCGCAACUUUCUUGGCUUCCUUUGUUUUGGGUUGAGUUAUCUUUCCUUCUCGGCAUUCUACUUCGGUUUAGAAACACGCAAUCUUCGGCUUAGAAAGCCGACGCCUUAUCCUUUAGGCUACGAAAACUUGCGUUGAAAUGCGUAAUAAUAGUUCUUCUGCCUCAUUAUCCCUAAUACUGGAAAAUAUUCUACUGAUUUACGAUGCAUUAAUUAGUAAAGCCCAUUCAAAAGACUAUUUAAAAAGUUGCCUAUUUUCAAAUGUAUUUUCCCACCAGACGAAUCGGACUCGCACUCUUCCAGGCUUUCUUUUUUGGCUUUGGUUUUUUUCUUCUUUGGCGUUUUUUCGGCUUUCUAGCUUAGAAAGGAAAUAUUAGUAUAAGGAAUCUCCAUCCUUGUCACCCAUUUCAAAAGGUUACGUUAUUGUCAAAUCUACAUAGCUGUCAUAAAACUUCAAUAAUUUACUUCAACGAAUUUACCUCCGACCGGACUCACGCUAUUAAAAUAUUUUGCCAUUGUCAAAUCUAUUUAUAUGUCGUUAUGUUACCUCCGACGGGACUCGAACCCGCAAUCGUCGGCUUAGGAGGCCGACGCCUUAUCCAUUAGGCCACGAAGGCUUACAUUGGUUGUCCAGAUAGAUUCCCCGCCUUAGAAAAAGACGAUGUUUGGCUAACAAAGCCGUUUAAGCCCGGCGCCUUAUCCUGUAGCACACAAAGCCUUUAGCCUAUAUCUUGCGCUAAAACGUUGGAUAGUUGUGCUGCCUUGUAAUCCGUCUUUAUAAUCCAAAAUAAUUGGCAAGGAUUCCAAAAUGUAAGGUUUCAUAAUAUUUUACUUGAAGCUUAUGAAACGAAAUUUCGUACCAUUUUUCCAUCAUUGCAUUCGGAAAACAAUCAAAUUGACCACACAACAUAUACUUUGCCGUCAAACUAUCUUAACUUGCGUCGUUCUUGAGAUAACAGUUUUUGAUAUCCAAAUGACUUCGCGAUGACGUCACAUUGCAUAAUGACUUUCUGAAAAAGCUUCAAGAACUUGAAAAAUAUAUUUCCGUGUCAUUGUCAUUACGUCGAAUUAGCCUCCGACAGGAAUCGAACUCGCAUUCCUCCCGCCUUUCUUCGGCUUUGGCUUUCUUUCCUUUUUUUUUUUUUUUUGCUUUCUGAUUUAGACAGAAAGGAAAUGUUAUUAUAGAGAAUUUGCAUCUUUGACACCCGCUUCAAAGCGUCAAGAUAUUGUGCUAUUGGAAUUUACCUCCUACGUGAUUCGAAAUUGCAAUCUUCGGCUUAGAAAGCCGACGCCUUGUCCGCGUUAGGCGACAAAGGCUUAUACAUUGCAUAGUCUUUCUGUCUUAUAAUCGCCAAUAACAGGUAAGGAUUUUAUAGUUAUAAAACUGAAAAACAUAUUCUACAACUUAAUUAUUUGAAGUGACUAUAUAUACACACAGCCGGCAGCCGCUCAUUUAAUAAACUGCCGGCUAUAUAGUAACUAUAGUUAAAGUUGAAUUUUUAUAAGAUAACCGAUCACCCUAAACCCUUCUCUAAAACUAACCCCUAACCUUUUGAGAAUUAGAAAAGGAGGGGGAAAUAUUGUAAAUUUUUUACACAACCCGACCCGGACUGCGUUUUACUUUCCGCACAUAGCGCCUUUACGGUAUACGCUAACGGCAAGCUCGGUAAAAGCUUGGCUGGCGAAAACAAAUUAAGUUCUUAUAUUUAUUCCUUAUUAAAAAAAAUGUAUUGUCGAAUCGAUUUUCCUGUCCUAACAAAACAUUUACUUCAACAAAUUUAACACCGACCCAUGCAGACUCACGCUAUUAAAAAUUUUAUAUUUAUGUUACCUCCGGCGGGAUUCGAACCCGCACUCUUCGGCUUAGAAAGCCGACGCCUUAUCCGUUAGGCCACGGAGGCUUAUACAUUGCAAACCGGCAUAGUCCUUCAGACUUAUAAUCCCCAAUAAUACAGUGAUAAAAUUCAAAAACAUUCUACGAAUUAUUUAUCCGAAGUGACUAUACAGCAGGCAGCCGCUUAUUUAUAGUGACUAUAGUUAAAGUUGAAUUUGUAUAAGAUAAACCGAUCACAACGCCAAACCCUUCCCUAACCCUAACCUUUUGAGAAUUAGAAAAGGCGGGGGAAGAAUUUUUUUUAAAUUAAGAAACAAAAUGCCAAGUCAGACAAAAUACAACCCGACGCGGUCUGCAUUUUACUUUCUGUACACAGCGCGUUUACGGUAUACGCUAACGGCAAGCUCGGCAAAAACUGGACUGGCGAAAACAAACUAAGUUUUUACAUUAAUUAAUUUUAUUCCUUAUUCAAAAAAAUUGUGUUGUAGAAUUUAUUUCCGUGUCCCAACGAAGCAUUUACUUCAAAAAAUUCACCUCAGACCACACUCACGCUAUCAAAACAUUUUGCCAUUGUCAAAUCUAUUUAUGUGGCGUUAUGUUACCUCCGACGGGACUCGAACCCGCAAUCUUCGGCUUAGGAGGCCGACGCCUUAUCCAUUAGGCCACGAAGGCUUACGGCAAUGGGGGUUCAGGUAGAUCUCCUUAUUUACGAUGCAUUAUUACCGGAAGCCAUACUAUGGGCUCACAAUAUUUAACUAAAAUGUUGCGCAUUCUCAAAUAUAUUCUCCUGUCAUUGUGUGUCAUCCGACAGGAAUCGAACUCACACUCUUCGCGGCUUUUUUUGCUUCCUUGUUUUGGCUUUUCGGCUUUCUUUUUCGGCUUAGCCGAAAGAAAGAAUCAUAAUAAUUUGCAUCCUUGCAGGCCACCAGUUCUUAUGCGUUUGGGUCAUUGUCAAAUCGAUAUGCCUAUCAUAAAACACACUGAAUUUACCUCCGACGGGACUCGAACCCCCAAUCUUCGGCUUAGAAAGCCGACGCCUUAUCCGUUAGGCCACGAAGGCUUGCGCUGAAAACUGCAAUUAAUUGUGGUUUUUCUGCCUUAUUACACCACCUUUUCGCCUUUCUUCGGCUAUAGCUUUCUUUCCUUCUUGGCGGGGGUGUUUUUUUUUUGCUUUCUGACUUGGAAAGGAAAUGUUAUUAUAGAGAAUUUGCGUCUUUGACACCCGCUUCAAAGCGUCAAGAUAUUGUGAAAUUUAGAUAACUGCCAAUUGGAAUUUACCUCCUGCGAAAUUCGAAAUUGCAAUCUUCGGCUUAGAAAGCCGAUGCCUUGUCAAAAUUCAAAAAAUAUUCUAGUGACUAUACAGCCGGAAGCCGCUUAUUUAUAGUGACUAUAGUUAAAGUUGAAUUUGUAUAAGAUAAACCGAUCACAACGCCAAACCCUUCCCUAACCCUAACCCUAACUUUUGAGAAUUAGAAAAGACGGGGGAAGAAUUUUUUUAAAAAAUUAAGAAACAAAAUGCCAAGUCAGACAAAAUACAACCCGACCCGGACUGCAUUUUACUUUCCGCACGCAGCGCCUUUACGGUAUACGCUAACUGCAAGCUCGGCAAAAACAGGGCUGGCGAAAACAAACUAAGUUUUUACAUUAAUUUUAUUCCUUAUUCAAAAAAAUUGUGUUGUCGAAUCUAUUUUCGUGUCCCAACGAAGCAUUUACUUCAACAAAUUUACCUCAGACCACACUCACGCUAUCAAAACAUUUUGCUAUUGUCAAAUCUAUUUAUGUGGCGGUAUGUUACCUUCGACGGGACUCGAACCCGCAAUCUUCGGCUUAGGAGGCCGACGCCUUAUCCAUUAGGCCACGAAGGCUUACGAUGAUGGUUCAGGUAGAUCUCCUUUUUUACGAUGCAUAAUUAUUACAGCAAGCCAUACUAUGGGCUCACACUAUUUAACUAAAAUGUUGCGCAUUUUCAAAUUGUCAUUGUGCGUCAUCGGACAGGAAUCGAACUCACACUCUUCGCGGCUUUUUUCGCUUCCUUGUUUUGGCUUUUCGGCUUUCUUUUUCGGCUUAGCCGAAAGAAAGUAUCAUAAUAAUUAGGAUCCUUGCGGCCUACCAGUUCUAAAGUUUGGGCCAUUGUCAAAUCGAUAUGCGUGCAUGUCAUUAAACACAUUUGAAUUUACCUCUGACGGGACUCGAACGCGCAAUCUUCGGCUUAGAAAGCCGACGCCUUAUCCGUUAGGCCACGAAGUGCAACAGUGGUUUUUCUUCCUUAUUACUCCUGAUAACUAUAGAAGGGAUUCUACUGAUUUUCGAUGCAUUAUUAAAAGGAACCAUUCAAAAGGUUAUGCUCACACUAUUUAAAAAGUUGUUCAUCGUCAAGUAUAUUUUCCUGUCAUUGUCAUUACGUCGUAUUAGCUUCCGACAGGAAUCGAACUCGCACUCUUACCGCCUCUCUUCGGCUUUCUUUUUUUUGGCUUUAGUUUUCUUUCCUUCUUGCAUGCAUGGCGUCUUUCGGCUUUUUGGCUUGGAAAGGAAAUGUUAUUAUAAUGGUUUAAAUCCUUGGCACCGGUUUCAAAAAGUACGUCAUUUCAAAGCUAAAUACGUGUGGUUAAGUACAAUUGAUUUUACCUCGAACGGGAUUCGAACCCGCAAUCUUCGGCUUACAAAAGCCAACGCCCUAUCGGUUAGGCCACGAAGCAACUGCAUACUGUAGUCUUUCUGCCUUAUAAUGCCCAAUAACCGACAAGGAAUUUACAGUGAUAAAACUAAAAAAACAGUUUACGAAUAUAUUAUUCGAUGUGACAAUACAGCCGGCAGCCGCUUAUUUAGUAAACUGCCGGUUAUAUAGUGACUAUAGUAAAAGUUGAAUUUUUAUAAAUAAACCGAUCACCCCAAACCCUUCUCCAACCCUAACUCCUAACCUUGACCCUAACCUGUUGAGAGUUAGAAAAGGAGGGGAGAAAUUAUUUUAAAAAAUUAAGAAAAAGAAUCCAAGUCAGACAAAACAAACCCCGACCCGGACUCCGUUUUACUUUCCACACACAGCGCCUUUACGGGCAAGCUGAGCAAACGUUUUUGUAUUUAUUCGCCGUUUAGAAAAUUUCAUUGUCGAAUCUAUUUUCGUAUCCUAACAAAUUUACCUCCGACGAGACUCAUGCUAUUAAAACAUUUUGCCAAUGCCAAAUUAAUCUGUUUAUGUGUCCAUUAUGCUACCUCUGACGGGACUCGAACCCGCAAUCUUCGGCUUAGGAGGCCGACGCCUUAUCCAUUAGGCCACGAAGGCGUAUUUUAAUGUUUCAGGUAGAUUUUCUGAUUUAUAUGGAGCAUUAUUAGAGAAAGCGAUCAACAAAAUGAUUAAGAUUACAUUAUUUAUUAACUAAAACGUUGCCUAUUGUCAAAUAUAUUUUCCAUGCAGCAUUGUCAUUACGUGGAAUUAGCGUCCGACAGAAAUCGAACUCGCACUCUUCGCGGCUUUUUUGUCUCCAAUAUUUUGGGUUGAGUUUUCUUUCCUUUUCGGCUUUCUUUUUCGGCUAGCUUAGAAAGAUAGUGUCAUUAUAAUUUGCAUCCUUGGCAUGAUUCCAGUUCAAAAGCAUUUGGGUCAUUGUCAAAUCUAUAUACCUGUUAUUACAUACAACAGAAUUUACCUCCGACGGGACUCGAACCCGCAAUCUUCGGCUUAGGAGGCCGACGCCUUAUCCAUUGGGCCACGAAGGCGUAUAUUAAUGGUUCAGCUAGAAUUUCUGAUUUAUAUGGAGCAUUAUUAGAGCUAGCUAGGAAGACAUCAGUAAAAUGGUUAAUUAAGCUUACACUAUUUAUUAAUUAAAACGUUGCGCAUUGUCAAAUAUAUUUUCUAUGCAGUACAUAGAUAUCUUAUAUACACUAGAUAGCGCAUCUUUUUUAGUAAAAUUGAAGCCAAGAAUAUUCCAGCGGUUACCCCCAUUUGAAUAGAUGGCGGCCAUGUUGGUCGUUGCGACUUAGUAAUAAAUGCUUAAAACCACAAUAACUUUCAUCAUGUAUUUGAUAUAAUGUAUUUGGAAUAGGGUUAACUUAAUGUUUUUAAAAGUUCCCUGAUUAAAAAAUAUAAAACAUACGAAUCUUCUCAUUUCAUGGGAACGACCUGAGGCUGCAAUCAUGGCUUCAAUUUUUGAAUUACAGAAUAAUUAGAUGCACUAUCUAUAGUGUAUAUAAGAAAUCUAUGAUGCAGUCAUUGUCAUUACGUGGAAUUAGCGUCCGACAGAAAUCGAACUCGCACUUUUCUCGGCUUUUUUGUCUCGAAUCAUGGAUUGAGUUUUCUUUCCUUUUCGGCUUUCUUUUUCGGCUAGCUUAGAUAGAUAGUGUCAUUAUAAAUUGCAUCCUUGGCACCCAGUUCAAAAGUUUGGGUCAUUGUCAAAUCCGUAUAUAUCUGUCAUUACAUACAACAGAAUUUACCUCCGACGGGAUUCGAACCCGCAAUCUUCGGCUUAGAAAGCCGACACCUUAUCCUUUAGGUCACGAAGGCUUGCGCUGCAAACAACGAUUAUAUAGGUUCUCUGCCUUAUUAUCCCUAAUAAUUGGAAACGUUCUACUGAUUUGCGAAGCAUUAUUUAAAGCAGCCAUUCAUAAAGGUUAUGCUGACAAAAUUUAAAAAAUUGCCUACUGUCAAAUAUAUUUUCCUGACAUUGAUUGUCAUUACAUGGCGUUCUUUUUCAGCUUUCUGGCUUGGAAAGGAAGUGCGAUUAUAAUGAAUUUGCAUUCUUGGUGCCCAUUUCAAAAGGUUACAUCAUUUACUCAUUGUCAAAUUUAAUUGGGUGUCGUAAUACCUGAUUGAAUUGAAUUUACCUCCGAUGUGAUUCGACUGAAGGCAAUCGUCUAGUUCUUCUACUAAAGCCCAGUUUACGUGAGACCGGAACGAAGUCAAACGGUACCAUUUCGUUUAGGUCACAGUAAUAGACAGAUUAGAUUGAGGACGUGGACGUCAAAGACGACGUGAAAAUGGCGUGUUGUACCCAUGUAUGGAUAUACCACGCCAUUUUGACGCCAUUUUCACGUCGUCUUUGACGUCCGCGUCCUCGAUCUAAAUCUGUCUAUUAUCCCCGAGCCGACGGCGCAAAGCGCCGUGCGAGGGUACUAAUUUACCCCGGCUAUUUACACCCGGGGAAACGAAAGCAUUAGCGAAUUCUAAAGUUCACCAAUGAUCGCGGGCGUGGCUCACUGUGCGUGGUCAUCCUCACGUGGUCAUCCUCACUGAUAUAAAAAAUAUGGCGGACUGUCAUGAAUAGCGAACACUGUGAUUGGUCCAAUUUAAAGUUUGCUGGCCUCAAACCAGCAUGAAUUCAAACAGGGAUGAAUGUAAGCACAAAUACAUUUCUGACAUUGGAAAAGCAAAUGCUAUCAAAAGCCAUCUAAAAAAGAAAAUUGCCUGGGCCGCCUGCAGGCAAGCGGAAUAAAUUGAAAAUUUUGUGAUUUUCGUACCGGUCUCAUAUAAAAAUGUAGACAAAUUUAAUUUCCUUUCCGGUUUGACUUCGUCCAGGUCUCAUGUCAAACGAGGCCUUAGAAAGACGACGCCUUUUCCGUUUGGCGACAAAGGAUUAUCGUUUGUAUUCUAAAAGCUCACAUCAUGCUCACACGCAACUAUCUGGACUUCUCUUGAGUGUCAGUGCUGUUUUUCAAUUUAUAGCUGGAGGGUGAGUAGUCACAUAUUAGGGUACAACACUAACCCUCCAGCUAUUUAAAAACAGCACUGACACUAAAGAUUGAACCUCCACUCUUUGAGUUUGAAUAAGGUUUUAGAAUACAGGCGUAUAAGUUGCAAACUGCACAGCCUUUCUGCCUUAUAAUCCCUAAUAACUGACAAAGGAUUUACAGUGAUAAAACAUUGCACAAAUUUGUUAUUGGCGAACAAAUGUUCGUGAUAUUAUAAUAAUGACCUCCUUGUACCCAUUCAAUUAAAUUAAUUUCUGUAUCUAUGAAAUUGUGUCUUCCUCCCUCCGACUAUUUUUAAUGCGUAAUAAUCGGUGGAAAUUUAAAAUUGUUGGGCUACGCUUUUCAAAAAAAUGUGUUGUUGAAUCCAUUUUCGUGUCAUAACUAAACAUUAACUUCAACGAAUUUACCUACUACGGGACACAAGCUGCUAACUUCGGCUUAAGAUCUAGAGGCCGACGCUUUAUCCAUUAGACCACGAAGGCUGACAUUUAUUGACGAGAAGAUCUCUUCAAUUAUGACGCAUAAUUAUAGGCAACCUUCUUAAUAAAUGGUUACUAUAGGCUCACAUUACUAAAAAUUUGCCCAUUGUCAAAUAUAUUUAUGCGUCUUUGUCAUUACGACGAACUACGCACUCACUCUUUGCUUAAAAUUGGGUUUUUUCUUGCGAUUCCACAGUUGCGUUGGAACGUCGCAGCAUUCCUGAACGUUUUGGCGCAGAAACAUGACACCAAAAACUGCCGAAAAACUCCGUAUCCAAAUUAGCUGAAUAUUCCCCCCCCCCCGCUUCCCAUCCCCCCAUAAAAAAUAUAAUACCAGGUCAGCUGCCAUUGGUACUUUUAAAUGGAAUGAUCCAUAACCUUUUUCUAUCAUAUCCAUAUUUCUAGAUCUCCAACUAUGGCAGGUGGUUUAUUUGCAAUGUCUAAACGUUUCUUUUAUGAAUUGGGUUCUUAUGAUACCAAUAUGUCAUAUUGGGGAGGUGAAAACUUGGAACUAUCUUUCAGGGUAGGGAAUUUAUAUAAUCUGGUCAUUAUUGUCAGCGGUUUUAAAUUCGUGCACCUUAAAAUGGGAGGAAAAUAGAGAUUUUCAUUUUAUCAAUAUGACCCUGGAAAAUUCAAUUUUCAACAAUGUGAACAUUUUGUUCAAAAUUGCAAACCACUAGAAUAUAAUAUACUGUAUUAUUCAGUCUUAGGAAUUAGUGAUUGAAUCUAGGAUUCAAUCAUUCAACUUAGGACUCACUAAUUCAAUCUUCAGGUUCAAUGAUUUAAUCUUCAGAAUCAAUAUCCUACACUUGAUGUGUAAUUAUUCAUGUUAGGAGUCAUUGAAUCAAUCUUAGGAAUCAAUGAUUGAAUCUCACAAAUCAAUGACCAAUUUUGCAAUUCCAUAAUUCAAUCUUAGCUGUCAAUAAUUCAAUCUUAGGAUUUAAUUAUUCAACUUAGAAUUCAAUCAUUCCUCAUCCUGUAGGAUGAAGUAAUUCAAAUCAAUUCAACGAUUUUCUCUAUGAAAUAAAUGUUUAAUAUGGUAGGAUUCAGGAUCCAGUUUUAGAACUUAAUAUAUAAGUCAAUCAGAAAAGCCGAUAGUACCAACAGAGGAUUUAAUGAUUUAGUGAUCCAAUACCCGAUUUCCAACACAUAAAAUUCAAGAAUCUCUAAAUCCUGUUCGUUUACAUUGCAGAUAUGGAUGUGUGGUGGCACGAUAGAAAUUUUAACCUGUUCAAAAGUCGGUCAUGUAUUUCGUGAUACUAUGCCAUACAUGACAGGGAGGGGCACGGCCGAGAAAAACAUCAAGCGUCUAGUUGAAGUUUGGUUAGAUGAUUAUAAAUCAUUCGUAUAUUCAAUGAAGUCUCAAUCUUUCCUUUCUCUGGACGCUGGUGAUGUAGUAGAGAGACAGGAACUAAGAAAGAGGUUACAAUGCAAUAGUUUCUCAUGGUAUCUCCAGAAUGUCAUUCCGGAAUUACGCAUUCCAGAUCCAAAUCCGUUGGGAAGAGGAGAGGUUUGA